UGACGCUUGUCAACAUAACCUUAAAAAACAAAGAGGAAAAUUGUCUAUUUUGUGCCCAAGUUUAAUCCAAUUUUUCACAGUUUUUACAAUAUCUCUUGUCUUCAAUCCUAAUCAGAAUGUCUUAUUCGACGUCCAUAAAGCAAAUUUUCUCGAAAAAUGUGCGAUAUAAGAUUGAUUUGAUGGAAUGGAACAACAAAAUGGAUCUCAUUGCUCUCAGUCAAAACAAUGAAGUACUUAUCCAUCGGCUCAAUUGGCAGAAUAUCUGGACUCAUCCGUCUCCAGGAGAUUCAUCAAAAGUCAGAGGGAUCUGUUGGUGUCCGGACGAGAAAAUCAUUGCAAUAGGCUAUAGCUCUGGGAAAGUGAUCCUUCUGGAUGUUGAAAAUAAAGAGGAAAUCUUUAGUUUUCAACUGGAAGGGGACAUUGUAUCAAUGUGUUGGACACAGCAACAUACAAAGUCACCAUCCGGCAGUGACCCGGAUCUUACUGUAGUAGAACCUGAAGAUGAUGCUGUGUUUCUGCCAAGAUUGCCCAGUUUGAGCAGUGUAACCCCGACGCCUAAGAAAAAAGAAUAUGUGAGUCGUGCUGAGACCAAAACUGCUCUGAAUUUCCUGAUAAUCGGCUUGCAAACGGGAAUGGUGCAUUUGUCGAUAUUUGGAAUGCUUCCCUGUGGAACUAUUUGCUUGGGGAAGCAUAUCAAGGGUGAAUUUAGGGUGAUUGAUGCGAGAAUUAGUGCAGAUUUUGGCUUUUUACACGUCACAGUGGCCACUAAGGAGGCCCUCCAUGAGAUGAUCUUUGAAAAUGGUAUGUUGCCAAAUCUGCUGGAGUCUCUGCUGAGAGUUGCAACGAAACACAGUCAGAUUCUUACAACUAUGUCGUACAUUGAGGAUGUUUUGAUGGGGAUAACGGAAGCUUGGGAGACGGUUUUGUUGGAGAUGGAUAAUAAGUUAACUGGGUAUGCUAAACUCUGCCCUAAAGGGUCAGUAUCUGCGGAUUUUUUGGAGCUUUUAGUCCUGGGAACUCUUACUCAGACCUUGGAGACAUUUCUGAGGAGAGAGUUGACAGAGAAGGGACUUAAGAAAUUGGGAAAUUCAAUUGAAAUGAGCUAUACGACAAUUCAAAAGCUCCUUGUUCAGCCUCUGGAUACUGCAAUUAUGAUUGUCUGCUAUCAUCUGAACAGUAUCAGGGGAAUGAGUAGGGACAAGUAUCAUUUUGGGGGAUUGCUAAUGGAGGAAACGGUUACGGAAGUGUGCCAUACGGCUGGGCAGUUCACGAUGAAGGGUUUCGAACUGCAGCAUACCAUUGAUCAGUCCACUAGGGACUACAAGAUCUUCUUCAAGUGGCUGUAUGUCGUAAUUAUACGGUUGAUGGAUGAGACAGUUCCUGAUGAUGUUGCUUCCAUCACGCAACAAGAGAUAAACUAUCUAGCGGAGUUUCUAAGCAACUUGGACAAUGACGAAGACAAGGAGGACGUUCAGAGUGAGCGAAAGUUCAAUUUGGAACGAGUAGGUCAGUAUUUGGAGGACAAAGAAUUGAUUAUUUUGCCCAAAAAGUCCCCAAUGUCUCAAUGGGAGGCUUUCCUAGAGAGUAAUCCUACUCUCAAGGACAGUGACGCAAUCUAUAAGCACGACAGGAAAGCGUCACUGAUGCAAGUGCACAAUAGACUUCGUCAGGGCAUUGAAAGGGUCUUUCGGCAGCCGGAAUCAGUGAUUGGGCAGAACUACAAACUCAGAAAUGUCAUUCAGUUGGCCGAAAACAUGGACAAUCCAGUCCAUAGCACUCACAUAAGCCUUUUAGAUGGAUCCGGAGACCUCUUUGCGUUCCUAGUGUCAGAAAAUCUUCUCAUCUUCCUGGAAGCUAGUCGGAAUCACGUGAUAAAGUGCCUGAGGCUGGAAUUUCAGACCAAGCCGUACUUUGACACGAAAUAUGGACAAUUUGGUGACCUGUCAUUCCGCCAUCUUCAAUUCUACAAUGAAAACAUCCUGUCCCUGCUGCUGAACAAUCGAACAGACUCAGAGUGCGGAGGAUGCUUCGUGCAGAUGCCCGUGAGCAUCUUAAGGCAGAAAGCCACAAUGGUAGACGUUGCGGAGUUCAUAGAUAUCGCGGGAGCGGGAAAUGUUAUGAAUCUCUACACUUUGCUUGAUGUGAACUACGUGAAGGUGAUUGAGGGCAGUGAUUGGCAUACGAUUGCAGUGUCAGGAAAUAGGAAAGUAACGUCUAUUUUGUCGGAGAAUGGCAAAAAGAUUAAGAUCUACGAAACAGAGGCUGCGGAUGAAGAUGAGGAUGAGAUGGAUCUUUCUCAGAGCACAAAUUUAGAUAACAGUAAAGAGUCCAAUCAGUGACUUAUCUAUGUACAUUUUGAAAAUACAAAUCUACUUUCUCAAAAA